CGCGGGAUCGCGCACACUACGUUAAACAAAUCUACCAGUUCACGCGCCUUAGGAGGUCCUAGAGGAAAUGCCAUUGUAAGGAAUACGAUCUACGGUAAACAGCGAAAAAAUGACCAGUAUUUCACGAAAAUAGCCGAGUUAAACAUAUUAUCAGUCGGGUUUACGUCCAGAACUAUAGUUCACCAUGUCUUGCCGUGACAUUCAUGCUACAAACGCAUUUUCGUUCAUCAUCGCCCUUCUCUCGGUUGGCGGCUUGGCCAUCGCCACAGUAAUCCCUCAAUGGAGGACCACACGCCUCCUUACCUUCAACCGCAACGCCAAAAACAUCACCGUGUAUGACGGCCUGUGGACCAAGUGCGUCCAGCAGGACAGUUACACAGGUUGCUACUACUUUGACUCAGAGUGGUACUCUAAAGUGGACCAACUGGACCUCAGGCUGCUCCAGUUCUGCCUCCCAGCAGGUCUUUUCUUCUCUGGCCUGGCUCUGCUGAUCUGUCUGACGGGCAUGUGCAAGACAGCAUGCUGUUCCAAAGCACCGGACGACAUCAAGACGAGCCGCUGCCUGGUGAACAGCUCGGGAUGCCACCUAGUGGCGGGGGUGCUGCUCCUGCUGGCUGGUGCCCUGGCCAUGCCCCCGUCUGUCUGGUUCCUCUUCCAUACCCGUGACCUGAACGAGCGCUAUGCCGACCUGUUUGCGGUGGAGUUCGCUGUGUACGUGGCCAUCGGCAGUGCAGGUGGCCUCAUGCUGGCCGCCCUGAUGAUGUUCAUGUGGUAUUGCAUGUGCAAGAAACUGCCCUCGCCAUUUUGGCUGCCCCUGCCUGAAGUGCCCACCAUGACGGGCAGCCUCUCUGCCCAGCCACUCAUGACCAAUGGCCUCCCAGCGCCUGUUAUCUAUGGCCCCCAGCCUUUUCCCCCUGCCGUGCUGGAUGCCCCGGCCUUUGUUCCGGUGCAGGGGUACCCCCAGGGUGUUCCUAGCCAGCCUGUGCCACCACAGGUCUACAUGUCGCAGAUGUCAGCCCCUGACGGCUACGGAUCUGAAGCAGGAGCCUCGCAGGCCUACAGCUAUGCCCCCUCACAGAGCUAUGCCCCCUCACAGAGCUAUGCCCCCUCACAGAGCUAUGCCCCCUCACAGAGCUAUGCCCCCUCACAGAGCUAUGCCCCCUCACAGAGCUAUGCCCCCUCACAGAGAUUCGCUGGGCACCGGCACUCCUCGCGUUCACGGCAGUCUGGGCUUGAGAUCGACAUCCCCCUCUUAACAGAGUAACAUGCAACAAACAGACAGGUGUGCACUGUACCCUCCGGUUUAGAGUGAAAGUUGGGCUGCCGUUUUGCGUGUAUGGCACAAAUUAAGAGACUACCCCUUUUCUGGACAUCAGGCCCUCUGAGCUGAGAGGGAGCUCCCUGCCAUUUUGGCUGGGACCUUUUUAUCUUUCUUUCUUUGUGUUUACAAAAAAAAGGCACCUACUGCCUUUCUGUAAAUGGUCAAAUUCACCUGAGACAUGCAUCACAGCAAACUACACAGCAUACUUUGCACUUAGUUAAUGUUCACUGAUUAGCUGUGUCUUUUAAUGAAAAUACUAUUACAGUAACACUUUGAAACUAAUCUUGCAGUGCAUUACUGACAGCACAGACACUUUUUAGAAAGGGACCCGACUUACUAACUGAACAGGUGGUACUAUUAAAACACCGCAGGUAAGUGGUUAUUCCACAGUGUCAGUUUUCACUAAUUUGUGCCUUUUUUAAAACUAGAAUUCAGGGAUAUUAUUCAUGGCUGUAUUAGCUGUGUAUUACCAAUACAGGCAGCUAUAAUAGAUAAUACACAGCUUUGUUUCUCUGUCUUUCUAAGUUGUGCUGUGAGAAGUGAUCAUUUUCCUUAAUUAUGCCUAGUAACAUUGGUUAUAGGCUUAUAUUUUGUGUUAAGGUUUAAAGGUUCUUGGAAAAAGUGAAAUGUAUUUUCUUAUUGAUAACUUUUUUUUAUGCACUGAUAUAAAAGUGUUUUUAAAAAUAGUUUUUACUGUUUUAAAACAUUUUAAUCUGUGGGGUUUCUUAAAAUAAUUUAUGCUCGUUUUGUUUUUUGAACUUCUUGUUUGAGCUUUUGGGCUGAAUAAUUUUUUGAAAUAAUGUGACUAUUGAAUUGUGCCACUAUGGAAGAACAGGUGUGUGGUACUGCUGAAAAACUGAAAAGGCAGAACCGACCUCCUUAAUAUACAGAUUUAGUAGGAGUGAUGUCCACGUUAAGAUCCAUGUCAAUAUUUAUGGUCCAUGAAGGCUCGAACAUCCACAUUAAGAGAAUUAAAUGAUGUUCCGCUACUGUUUUUAAAUAGUACUGUUGUAGAACAGUAGAAACAUAUUAUGACAUUAAAAACAAAUUCUUAUGAAGCAGUAAAAGAAUCUGGUAAAUAUCUAGAAUAGCCUUUGAUUAUAAUCCUAUGCUGGGAGCUCCUGCUUAACUCCUUCACUAGUGUCUAGAAGACUAGUCAUGGCAGAGAGAUCUGCUUAAUGUUUUUGAAAGGUUCUUAGUAACGGGUGCCUAAGUCUGUUAAAGACGUCUUACUGUUCAUUCCAUUCCUAGAUGCCUUAUCAUGAUGAACUGAUAACAAAGAAAAGUAAAAUAUGUUUUAACACUUGACAGUUUUUUCAUAUUCAUGCUACAAAAAUUGUCUUUUUUUUGUUGUAUGUUUUGGAAAUAGGAUACUAAUAUGUAGAAUGCUCUGUUUAAUAAAACUAUUUAGAUUAA